GCCGUUGGAAUAAUUCUCAAGUCAACGCGCCCCCCAAUUUUCUAUGUCCAAACCAAAUUGUACAGUGUUUCUUCAUUCAAUUCAAUUCAGACUUCUCAAAACUCCAUUCUUGAGUUUCUGGGUUUGAGCUUACAUAUUCUUAUCCUCUCUCUCUCCAUUCCAAGAAUCUAAGCUCAUCCUCCAUUACAACACACCCAAAACGAUGAACAAUUUACAUUGGAUCUGUUUCUUGACUGCCCUGAUUUCUGGGUCCUCGUGGAUCGAAGCCCAGCAGCCAUAUAUCCGCAAGGAUACAGGGUGUAUGGGUAGCUUAGCUGUUUCCAAUUCCACUUCCGCCUUUGGGUACCACUGCAAUGGCGUUAACCGGAGCUGCCAGGCCUACCUGACCUUCGCGUCUCAGCCGCCGUACGAUUCCGUCGCCGCCAUCUCCGCCCUUCUCGGAGCUGACCCGGUAAACCUCUCAAACCUCAAUUCAGUGUCGGAAAACGCAACCUUUGAGACAAACAAGGUGGUUCUUGUCCCUGUCACCUGCUCUUGCGCUGGCCAGUUCUAUCAGGCCAAUGGAUCCUACGCUCUUAGGGCAGGCGAUACUUAUACGUCUAUUGAACUUAGCCCUUUAGAAGGCUUGUCUACCUGCCGUGCUCUCCGAUCUGAGAAUAGUAAUAUCCCCGAAACUAAUUUGGUUCCUGGGUUGAGAAUCAAUGUUCCUGUAAGGUGUGCUUGUCCGACCAAGAAUCAGAGUGAUGAUGGGGUUAAGUUCUUGUUGAGUUACAUGGUUGAAUCGGGAGAUUAUGUUUCCUUAAUCAGUGAAAAAUUUGGGGCGGAUACUGAGAAAACUCUAGCCGCAAAUGGACUAUCCGAUCAGGAUACAGUCAUAUACCCAAACACUACCCUUCUGGUUCCACUUCAAUCCCAGCCAUCUAUUACCCAGAUUUCAGCUCAGUCUCCGGCGGCGGCGCCUCCGCCGCCGCCGCCGCCGCCACCGCCGCAAGAUGUGAGUAAAAGCUCAAGCAAGACCUGGAAAUAUGUCCUGGCGGGUGUUCUUGGAGGACUUGGUUGUUUGGGAAUUGUAGGAGGGGUUGUUUUCUUGCUUUGCAUCCGGAAAAGGGAGAAGAGAGGUGAGCCGGAGAUGGUGACGAAGAGUUUUGAAGCAACUGAGAAGCCAUUGAAGAAGAAAUUGGAUGAGGAAAUGGGGUUGUCCUAUGGGAGUGUAUCUGAUUUGGUACAAUCUGUAAAGAUGUAUACUUUUGAAGAGAUGAAAUCUGCUACAGAGAAUUUUAGUCCUAGUUGUUUGAUCCGGGGAUCGGUUUAUCGUGGCACAAUCAAUGGGGAUUUUGCAGCAAUCAAGAAAAUAAAUGGGGAUGUAUCUAAGGAAAUUAAUCUGUUGAGCAAAAUCAACCAUUUCAACCUCAUUAGCCUCUCCGGGAUUUGCUUCAACGAUGGCGACUGGUAUCUCGUGUUUGAGUAUGCUGAAAACGGGGCAUUGAGCGAUACCAUCCACCCCGAAAAUGGCAAUGAUUCGAGGAAGCCGCCUUUGACAUGGGCACAAAGGGUACAAAUCGGGUUGGAUGUAGCCACUGGCCUUAACUACCUCCACAGCUACACUUCCCCUCCCCACGUCCACAAGGACUUAAAGAGCAGCAACGUUCUCCUCGACAGCAACUCGAGAGCCAAAAUCACAAACUUUGGCCUGUCAAGGUCUGCAGAUGCACAAGAAGGCGAGUUCGCCUUGACAAGGCACAUAGUCGGGACGAAAGGCUACAUGGCUCCCGAGUAUCUGUACCACGGUUUGGUUUCCCCGAAGCUAGACGUGUAUGCUUUCGGGGUCCUCACGCUCGAGAUACUCACCGGGAAGGACAUUGCUGCUCUUCAAGAACGCGAAAACAUCCACCUCUCAGAACUCCUCCUCCCCGUGCUCGAAGAGGAAAAUGGAAAACAGCACUUGACCAGUUUCCUGGAUCCUAGUCUGCAAGGGAGGUAUCCUGCAGACGUUGCGGUGUCUUUGGUGAGAUUGAUCGAUAGUUGCAUCAAGAAAGACGCUUCGAGUCGGCCCAACAUGGAUGAAAUUGUUAGGCAUUUCUCAAUAGCCAUGACCACCACAUCCUCUUGGGAGCUUUCCUCAUCAAGCACCUAAUAUUAUUAUUCAUACUUAUAUUUUACAUGUGAAAUUAUAGUGAGUACUGUUGAAGUAAAUAAUCAUUCUGGUGAUAUUUUGAGACAAUCCUAUGAAUCAUGGGGUGCUGAUUUUGAUUGUGUAAUUAAUCUCUAUGAUUAUGCUAAUUGAUUAUAGUGAAUGU